GUGUAAGUUGCGUUUUGUCCAUCAUUUAUUUAUUAUUAAAAUCUGCGAUCUAGAAGAACCUUCGAGAAGAGAGUGGAGAGGUGCGGGCUUUGUCUGUUUUGCAAUCGAUCAGCGGUGGUAGUUGGAAAUUGUAAAAUGGAGUCCGAAGCAGUAAUGUCGUGUGAGAAAGAAGUUGAAGAAAAAUCGUCGUACACUUAUUGGGUUAGAAAAACGACGGAAGAUGCGGCGCCAUUGCCUCUGCCACACAAGCUAACCACACAAGAUUCUUCUCAAUCUCAUCACCUUGGCUCUGCUUGGAAUCGCGCUGGGACAUGGGAAGAGAAAAAUCUUAACAAUUGGGCUAUUCCAAGAAUUAAGGAGCUGCUCGUUUCAGUAGGCUCCUUACCAUUCUCCUCCGGCAGAGCACAAGUGGAAGAUGUGACAAAAUGUGUUGGAGAUGCAUUUAUGGUGGUGGUUCGGAACAAGAAACGCGUCAGUUUCACGUAUGAGCUGUCCCUAAAAGUGAAAGGGGAAUGGAUUAUACGUGGAGAUAAGAGGUUGCUUGGCGGGCACAUAGAUGUUCCAGAGAUCUCAUUCGGUGAACUGGAUGACUUGCAGAUGGAAGUGAGACUUAAUGAAGCAUCAGAUAUCUCGCAUCAAGAUAAAAUUGAGAUAUGCAACGACUUGAAACUAUUUUUACAGCCUGUUCGGGAAAAGCUGUUUCAAUUUGAACGAGAACUCAAAGAUAGAUAAUGACAAAAGCCAUGCAGUUUUUGCUCAAAGUUUGAUUUGAUUGGGUAAUAGUAUUUCUGGUACAACCUCAUCGGAAAUAAAAUUUGUAUCACUAUCUGGAUCCAUAUCGAAAGCAUGGAAAUCCUCUUAUGUUGGUCUAACAUUUUCAGAUAUUUAUUUACUAUAACAUUUGGAUUUUCUCGUUUAUAAUUUUAAAAAUUAGAUUUCUAA